AUGAGAGCCGCAUCAUGGACGGGCUCACCUUCCAUCAAGGGCCGGUCGGAAGCGACCAAGAUGGCUCUUUUGGCGUUUAGUUUGACGGGUGUUUCGUUUACAUGGGGUGUUGAAAUGUCAUAUUGCACACCGUACCUCCUCCAACUUGGCCUCACAAAAUCGCGCACAUCGCUCGUCUGGAUCGCCGGCCCGCUUUCCGGACUCAUUAUUCACCCGCUCAUUGGCGUAAUAGCGGAUCGAUCAAGAUCAAAAUGGGGUCGCAGGAGGCCGUUUAUGCUGGGUGGUGCGCUCGUUGUGGCGUUUUGUUUGUUGUUGUUGGGUUGGACGUCGGAGGUUGUGGGGUUGUUUGUGCAUGAUGCUGAGAAGAAACGGGGUGCGACAAUUGCGGUUGCGGUUUUGGCGAUUUAUGGGGUUGAUUUUGCUAUCAAUGCUGCAAUUCGAAUGCAGGCAAUUGGCUCAUUGAUAGCGUACAUCGUCGGCUCGAUAGACAUGGUCACAACAUUCGGCACCACAUUCGGCGAUACGCAAUUCAAGCAAAUGACCGUGGUAGCGGCUAUUUUCUUGAUUGUUGCUGUUGUGAUCACGUCGUAUUCUGUCAAAGAGAGGGUGCUGAUAGCGGCGAGAGGAGCGGAUGAGACGCAUGGCUUUUUCCAUGUUAUAUCGCAACUGUACAAAACGACUAUGGAUCUGCCGCCGCGUAUUCAGUCCAUCUGUUGGGUUCAAUUCUGGUCUUGGAUCGGUUGGUUCCCAUUCCUCUUCUACAGUACGACGUGGGUGGGAGAGACAUAUUUUCGCUACGAAAAUCCCGAGUACGCCGCAAGCUCUUCCGACACAUUGGGAGAUGUUGGUCGACUGGGUAGUCUGUCCCUUGUGAUAUUUUCCGGCGUCACAUUCCUGUCCUCUGUGCUCCUCCCCUUUGGCGUCCGCUCACCCGACAGCAACUCCAAACGGGCAAACUUCACAUCCCGCCCUCCGCCUCGAAUGGCGGCAUUACUGCGUCGUUUCAAAAGAGUUAGACCCAGUUUACAGACUGCAUGGCUUCUUUCGCAUCUCGUCUUCGCGGGGACAAUGAUAUUUGCGCCUAUGGCUCSCUCGUUGAAGUUUGCGACCUUUUUGGUGUCUGUCUGCGGUAUCCCCUGGGCUGUUUCCGGAUGGGCGCCGUUCGCGUUCAUGGGCAUUGAGAUCAAUAAAUUGGCCUUGGAGCCACCGAGCCGCCCCACGGCAACGAUGAUUACUUCCACUACGUUUCGGACACAUGGCUACCGUCCUAUUGAUAGCGUCGAACCAGACAUGGAGAUGGACGUAUUGCGCUUAAAUCACCGAAGCGGCGGCGACGACGACAGCGAUGUUGAGGACUCAUCCUCGACAAUCGAAAGUUCAUCCACCGGUGAAUUGGCGGGKAUAUACCUAGGCGUGCUGAAUGUGUAUACAACCCUGCCCCAAUUCGUGGGCACGUUUAUCAGUUGGAUUGUAUUCAGCAUCCUCGAACCAGGCGUCCCACCGGUAGGCCAGAAACCGCCUCCGAUUGAAGGAGAGGAGGCCUCUUCAAGCGGCGCCAGAGAUGGCGGAUGGAUGAAUCUAGAUACCGAUGCACCCAAUGCGAUUGCGGUUUGUCUGUUCAUCGGCGCACUUAGUGCGUUGGUUGCUGCGGAAGCUACGCGACGGUUCAGAGCGUUGAGGCAGCAGACAAACCAUGACUGA